GAAUGCCCGCAGUCACUACUUUUGUCUUUCUUUCGAUACAAUAUCCUCAUUUUUGUGCUUCCGUCGAAGACAAGCAUUUGGUCGCAACCAUGCGAUAAUGGCAAAAAUGAAUUGACGGCAAAAGAUAUUGCCUUCGCCGCACACAGCCUCGGCCUAAUGGUUGGCAAGCCACUCGACUAUCUCGAUGCCAACAGAGUUUUCCGAGCUGGAUUGGAGCGCAACUGCAUCGAACAGAACGAUGAGCUCCGGAGGACGGGAACCAACGCUGUUGUUAGCAGUUUCAAGAAGACAGGUCUAUACCCAAUGGAUUACAGUAACGAAGGAUGGAAAGCUGCCAUUCUGAAUUUUAGCCGGUUGAAUGAACUGUUGAGGCAACAGAAAAUGGAUGCUGGCGAGCUUGCAUCCACCAAUGUUUGGCUGGUCAAGCCGAUUGCAAGAUCUGAACGGGCAGCACUAACAGACGCCGACAAAGAGGCACUCCAGUCAUUUAUUUCGAAGGAAGAUUUCCUCACUACGCUCGACAACGAACAGCACGGUGGAGACUUCGAACUCCCACCACUGUUUCUUGCAGCUUCGAUUGCUGAGCGCCUACUCGGAGAGUAUCUCCACAAUCCACACAGAGACGCCAAUAAACCACCUGAGCCAAAGGAAGAUUUCGAAGAGGCUGCUUUAAAGCUUAUUGUCAAGUUUGUGUCUGUAUCCCCCGAUGACAGGGUUGAUACUACUUGUACGUUAUCGGAUGAGGCAAUCGCACGCGACAAGCUUCGAACGAAGUUAUCCGUGUUAAGAUUUGGCUUCUCGAUCGUAUUGAGGAAGAAAGACGACAGAGCUGAAGUGAACAUCACAAAGCAAUCAAAAGAGAAGUUCUUGGUGCUUGAAGGGCAGCGAAGAGAAAGUCGUAAUCUUUCAACACUGACAGUCAAAGACAUCCUUGAAACUUGCUUUGAUGACAAUGACGAUGAUGCCUAUCAACUGACAAAGAAAGACAAGAAGAAAGGUUUGAAAAAAGCAAGAGUCGCACGGAAACAGUUGAAUGAGUCUCUUUAUUCAAAAGCACAAGAUGAAGCUGAUCGUCGUCGCCUGAAACGCAAUUUGGAUCUUGUGACAGACGUCUUAGCAACAAAGAGACCUCGCUUUGCGAUCAAGCUUGCGACGAUUUUGGAAGAGGAAGGCCUCGGAAUCGAAGAUGUCUACGACGAUUUUGAAGAUGUGGUGCUGAAGCCGUACUCCGAUGUGAUAGAGGUCACACACGAGGAUACAACGAAAGCAAUUGCUGUAACCCGAGUGGGGACAGAGGUCACAGCUGUCAGCCACCAGGUCGAAGGAACAAUAAUGAGAGUGCUUGUCGAGAUGAAGGGAUGCAAUGGUGGCAACAAGCCAAAGAAAGCAAGGAGACGAGCAGCUGCAGGAACCAAAACUAAUCUCGGAAAGCCCGGCCGAGUUGCCAGACUGUUUCUGGAAGUGGGAUGCUGUUAA